GCGUUGGUCUUUACGACAGCCGAGCUGCUUUGCGGUAACCUUCAUCUGUCAUGUAAGAUGUUUUGAAGGAGCGCAGCUGUCCGCGUGCCGAAGAGCCAAACCCCUCGGGUUCAUGUCUCACCCCAUUAAAAUAACGUCCUUUUCCUUUGGAGACCAGGCCAAACCGCAGUGAUGGCGUCCCGUUUCCUGACCUACUCCGUGCUCCUUCAGAAGUACCGGACACCGCUGCUCGUGGCGAGCUGCGGCGGACUCUUUGCCGCCAACAUGUUCUACCACGUUUGUCCAGACCUGUCCUACCGGCAGCUCUACCAGGCCUGGCACAAGGGGGCGCCGGUGGAGCUGUCCGACAAACUGGAAAGGCUUUUUCAGGAGGUGCUGACGGACUGCCGGGUCAAAUCCCCCAGCAGCUUCUCUGCCUUCGCCUCCUUCGGGUUCCACCCCGUUGGCGCCGGAGUCCCGUGGCUUCCUGCGGGGGUCCAGAUUGGCAUCCCAGCUAACUUCAACAGCACCGCCGCCGACCUGAGCGGAAUAACCAACCGGAACAUUUUUAUCAACGGCAAAACGGUGGACUGGACCACCAAGACUGGUUCCGCCUUAAAGGAGGCGCUGGUGUUCUCCCCGGAGGCGCAGAAGUUCGCCAUCGCGCGAGAGGUGGUCCGGCUGCAGUCCGGGGGCCCCGUUUUAAACGCAGCGGUGGCCCCGCUGUGUCUGGGCGGGGUGUGGGUGUACAGCGUCCUGCUCAAACAGGUGUUCGGGCUGCACGCCGGCUCCGCCCUGCUCCGGGGCGUGGCCAACAUGGUGGCACUGAGCAUUGGCGCCGUUUCCUACUUCCUCACCUCAGACGCCGUCAGCCAGUGGACGGACUACGCCUCAGACCGGCACGCGGCGCGGGUGUCUCCACAGUACGCCAAAGGGGGGGUGGAGUUUUACGACAAAAUCUUGUCCAGAAAUAAGACCCUGCGCUCCCUGAUGGGCCGCAAAGGCGAGGAGAUGUACGCGCCCAGUGGGAACCUGUUUCCCGCCCACAUCCUCCAGCUGAAGCACACGCCGUACACGUCCAGGAGGGAGGGGCUUCUGGCUCUGCUGAAGGAGGACAAAGUGUGAAGUGUUGGAAAUCAGAAGUUGUUCUCAUUAAAAAGAUGCUGAACGCUG